AUGUCUCGAGACAAAAGUGUGUGGUUCGCCGAAGAAAUUUUGUUAGAUGCCAAACUUAUAAACUUUCAAUUAGAAACUGGAGAAUGGGACGCAGUAGAAGAAAUGUUGCGUGCUGAAGCGCAACUCUCUAGAGAUGCGGAGACCGGACGAUUGCGACCUAAAAAAGCGUCCGAGUACACUUUGCGGCUCAUAGCCGAAGUUUUGCACAUCAUGCGUUUAGAUGUGGAACAGGCGUCAUAUAAUCGCAGUACUCUCGCCGUCGCUGAACAAUGUCUACGACUCGUUCGCUCCUGCGCUGCCGCAGGAACGAAAAUGCAAACAUACAUCUCUAAAGAACUGUCCAUACUUGAUUCAAUGCUGAUUCUUGCAACGGAAUACUUACAUCCAAGCAUAGAGUUCUUGAAUGAAGAAUUGCAGAAAAAAUAUGAGUCCUGCAUGACAGUGUUAGUGCAAACUUUAGGCAAUUUAGUGGUCAACAAUCCAUUUAAUCAAAUAAUGAUAUGGAAUAAAUUUGAUACUAUAAUUCUAAGCAGUUUGGUCGGACAAAAUGAAAAAAUAGCAUCGGCUGCAGCUAUGAUUGUAUAUAACAUACUUUUGGGACAACCAAAUGUACUCCCUGAUGAUGUAAUGCUUCUAAAUUCUUUAGCUUACAUGUACAUCAAUGGAAAUACAGACUAUCCACAUUUAAUCAUUGAAUAUUUAAUUGGUGUGGAAAACACUUAUAUAGAGAAACUGUACUCAAAAUUGGAUCCCGAAUGCCGUAUGUUAGUAUUAAAUCUGGCUUACAAUAUUCUUAUGUCGAAUGAAUCUCAGGAUAUAAAUGUAUCCGUUAACUUUGUGAAAUUCAUGGCUCAUGAGUUCAAAAGUAAAUCAGACUGUAUUUUAAAAACCGUUGAUAAAUAUGUGAAUACUAUAGAGCCACAGGAAGUUGUGUUUUUGCUCGAAAUCAUUGCAACAGCUUCUAGUAUGGAUGCUUAUAUGGACUGUUUACAGAGUGAUACCUCUUUGUUCAUUAAUUGUGCUUUUUUACUGCGAGCUAUCCAUAAGUUGGGUAAAGAGAGUAAUAACUUUUUCUCAUCUAUCAACAAACUGUAUGAGGCUACCGGAAAACAUUUGGUGAAUGAUGAAGAAAUGCCAGCUGUGAACAUUCCUCCUGAGAUUCCACUAUGCAAGAACGACUCGGCAGACAAUAUGCUGUCUUGUAAUGAAACAACAUCUGAAUGUACAGAAUCAGAAAGUAGCGAGCAAUACUUCGAAUGCAAUGAAACCGGUUUUAUUGAAAAGCUUGAUGCUUGUACACUAGAAAAUCCACCGAUGAAAUUUGAUAUGGACAAAAACUCUAGAGCUUCUUCCGAAGGGAACUCAAAUGUCAGAAUCGAUAGUGACCUGACUAAAGUUGCAUUCAAAAGGAGUAGUUCCGUACCAAAACCAGACGAUAGAAUUCAUCAGCUGCCAAUAAGAAGGAUAAGUUUGGAACAUAAAAUAGAUAUAGCUGAUGAUACUGAACCACCACUGAUAAUUGACACCCAAUCACCUACAGCCAGUAUGAACACGAUAGCCGAAGUUAUACCAGUCGGCCUUCAGCCAAGAUUGGAGUUACAGGAUUCAAUGAAUGACUCGCAGGAUAGCUCGCCUAACGAUCCGCCGACCGAAAUUCAUAUGGUCGACACCAAAGACGUGAAAGCAUCCCCAAGCGAAAUAUCACCACCGCUGUCAGAAGUGAAACAGGAAAGCGAAUCACAGAAGCAAUCUCCCGAAACGCCAAAAGAAGUUAAAAAGAGCCAAAAUCUAUCAACGGACUUCGAUCUCAGUGAACAGUUACAGAAGAUUCUGGGUAUAACUUCAGAGAAGACGAGAGUUGAUGCCAGUGAUAAAAAAUCUGAACCCGCCAAGGAAAUUAAAAUGGCGGAUGACACUAACAAGAUACCCUUGGUGAAAAUAGAUUCGCCUGAAACUCAGAAGACCAGAUUAGGAGCUAUAGACAUGACGACUCCAAAGAAAUCGGUUACAAGCGUGGAAACUGUUGAGAGACAUGUGGCAUUCGGCUUCAAAGCAUCUCUUGUGAGAACACUCGCUAACCUCUGUUGGAAGAACCAAGAAAAUAAACGACAGAUGAGGGAACUCGAACUAAUACCAGUUCUUUUGGAUUGUUGUAACAUCGAUGCCAGAAAUCCACUAAUAAUGCAGUGGGUUAUUUUCGCUAUUCGCAACUUAUGUGAGAACUGUCCGGAAAAUCAGGAAGUGAUAUCGAAGUUGACACUUCAAGGUCCAGUUGAUAAUGAAGUCCUUCAGGAAAUGGGUCUAACUUUGAACACAGACUCACAAGGAAAUACAAUCAAAAUAAUGCCCUUGACACGAAACUAA